AUGCCCUUCCUCAACAUCGGCUACAAGCGCCUACACUACACCGACUACCCUGCCACCGACGGCAGCAGCUCGCCGCGCGAGACCAUCAUCCUCCACCACGGCCUCGGCUCCUCGCAAGACUUCUACGCGCCCAUCGUGCCCGCGCUGACGGCCGCCGGCUUCCGCGUCGUGACCUUCGACGCCACGGGCGCGGGCCGCUCGCCGUACACGCAGAUCGAGCAAUCCGUAGCCACGCUCGCCGGCGACGUGCUGGGCGUACUCGACGCCCUAUCCAUCCCCAAAGCCAUCGUGGGCGGCCACUCGAUGGGCGGCAUGGUAGCCGCGCACCUGGCCGCGACGGCCGGCGGCGCACGCAUCGUCGCUGCCAUCCUAAUCGGCCCCGUCUACCCGUCCGACGCCGUCGCGGGCGUCUUCGCCAAGCGCAUCGAGACGGUCGAGCGCGACGGCAUGGAGGCCAUGGCCAACGCCAUCCCGCAGGCCGCCACGGCCAAGGACGCCUCGCUCCUCGCUCGCGCCUUCGUCCGCGAGCUGCUGCUGGCGCAGGACAAGUGGGGGUACAUCUCCAACUGCCGCGUCAUCGCCAACGCGCAGCGACCCGCCUACGAGGACGUCCGCGUGCCCGUGCUGCUGCUGGCCGGCGCCGAGGACAAGUCCGCACCGCUCGACAUGUGCAAGAAGCAGUUCGAGGAGCUCGGCACCGAGGAGAAGGCGCUCGAGAUCCUGCCCGGCGUCGGCCACUGGCACUGCGUCGAGGCGCCUGACGCCGUGAGCGCCAAGAUCAUCGACUUUUACCACCAGAUCCAAUGA